UGGCAGCCAUUCUCCAUUGUACAGAACGACGCGCCACCCUACCAUGUGACGGGCAGCGCCAAAGACGUGGUGGACAUCCUGGCGAAACAAUUGGGUUUCUGCUACAGGUUGGUGAGGGCCUCGGACACCGACUGGGGGAUCGAACUGCCCAACGGAUCAUGGACGGGAUCACUGGGUAUGCUGAACAGAUGGGAGGCCGACAUGUCAUCGUCCCUGUACACUGUGUCCCAGGCUAGAAGCCGCGCCGUGGCCUUCAGCUAUCCCUUCACUGUGGACCAGUUUUCCUUCAGCUACGUGCGACCCGUCUUGAGGUCUGACGUUGUGGGGUUCAUCAAGCCCCUGUCUCUAUCCGGAAGACGACGAGGGUAAAGGAUCCUUCUCCCCUUGGUGGCGCCGGUGGUGGGUAGGUGUGACCACCAGCAGGGAGCGAUCAGGGCGCUGGGUGUAUUCUGCUAUGCUGGCUCAGCCGGUCCCCUGGGUACCUAUGGGGGAUGGGGUGCGCAUGGUAGCUGGGAUCUGGCUCCUUACUGCUUAUAUUGUCACUGCCGUGUACCGCUCCAAUCUGGUAGCCACACUAGUGCUACCAAAGUUGCAGCUCCCCUUUGACAGCCUGGAGGAACUAGGCAGCUCUGGCAUCACUACCUGGGUACCUAAGGGCAGCCGCGUUCAACAGGCAAUCAUGACGUCACCACCGCACAGUCCCAUGGGUCACCUGAUGAAGCAGCUGUACGUGGGCCCCAGCAUCCCUGAAGGCGUGAUGGGCAUGUACAACGGCACUUGGGCUUACACCACCAUCACUCGCACCCUGCACUACUUCCUCGACGCACAUUUUGCUCAGGUGGGUUCGUGUAAACUGUACAUUGCCUCGAGCGGCUUCUUUGGCGCUUCCAGUCUCAGCUUCGCCUUUCCUCGCGGCUCUACACUCAAGGCUGAAGUAGACCGCGUUAUCCUUCGCCUGCACGACUUUGGCCUGAUCGAGCACCUGCUUCAGGGUCAGGUAAGGAAUUCCAGCGAGUGCCUCAAACCUGUGGGCUCUUCCCUGAGUCGGGCCGAGCGACCACUCAGCAUCAGCGACUACUUCGGGGUGCUCUAUGUCUAUGUGGCAGGCGUGAGCCUCAGCAUGGUAGUGUUGGCGGGUGAGUUGAUAAUGGUGUUAAUGAGGUAGCAUCAACCUGAGCAUGAUUAGUCAGCCACAUCCGCCAACGACAACGCCAACCCCAACGCCAACGACUAUUGAUGACCAAUGAGAGAUGUUAUAUAUAUCCUGUGUUCGUCCAACGUUUCCCCAUUUUUUUUUUUUUUUCAAAUCUUUUGACAUGAAACCCAUUAGCUCGAUCAACUGUCACUCCUGAUUUUUUUUUUUUUUCCUUCUUUUCUUGGCAGUUGACCGUUACACUGCACCUAUGAUUUCUUCCUUAUAAUCAGUCAUGGUAGACGUUGAUUAAUCAAUGUAUGUUUUUUUUUUUUCCCCUCUCCCCUCAAUAAAAGUCCUCUGUAAAUAUUCUGGCUUUUUCAAAACUUGGCUACUGACAAAUACUAGUCACAUUUGAGGACUUAUAAUGGAGAAGACUUCGCACAGUGGAAGAACUUAUGCGUAGCAACUUAGCAAGAUCAUUAUAGACUGUCACUACACUGAUUGUACUAGUUUUAUUACUUUCAGGUUUGUCUGUUUUUGUUGUUAUUACAAUGAUUAAAAUUAUCAUAAAUAAAUGUGGUGACCAAAGUAAGUUGAUAUUUUUUUUUUUUUUUUUUUUUUUUAUUAAACAUACGUGAAUCCACCAAUUUUUGUUAUUUGCUUUCAUGCAGUGUUGUG